CUGUGUAGCUGUUCAGGGAAACAAGAGGGGGAGCUACGGCUUUAUAAAGUCAAGAACUGUUUAUCACCGGCACACACACGAGAGUAGUUUGUGGAGUGGAGAUCACAGACAGCAGAUCCAUAAAGUUAGAGCUGUAAAACUGUGUUUUACUCACAACUCCACGCUGCGCCACGGAUUACCAGCAGGAGAUAAACGGAUUGCAUCUCAGUGCACUUUGGGAUUACAGACACACACAUACCGAUCACUAAACAGCUGCUGUUGUUAGCAUAAAACGGAUGUCAGUGAGGUGUUCAGAGAUGGGAGAGGGUCUGGGGCCACUCUCCCCUGUAGGAUGGUAGCCAACAGCACAGUGGAAGGCCUUGACAAGACCAGGUUGUCUAGCUCAUCCUCAUCGUCAUCGUCAACCUCAUCCUGUUCUUCAUCAUCGUCCCUGUCAUUACCGCUGGCUAGGAACGACCUCUCUCUCAACCCUCAGCGAACAGAGUCAGAGCUUCAGCGUCGGGACGAUCCCAGCCCGAGGUCGGUGUCGGUCCCCUCGGUGUACCUCACACACUUCCCCACAUUCUCUUGUAAGGAGGACUGCAAGAUCAUUACGGACACAGCAGCCAAGCUCGAACACAGCGCCUUCUACUGGGGUCCUCUGGGAGUGGAGGACGCCCAUCGCAUGCUGAGGGACGCUCCUCUGGGAAGCUUCCUCAUCCGUGACAGCCGGCAGAAAGACGUCUUCUUCACGCUGUCCUACCACGGCAGCAGCGGGCCGGUCAGCGUGCGCAUCGACUACAAGCAGCGGAAGUUCUCACUGGCGGGCAACGAGCGCUCCUUCCCGUCGCUCUUCGCCCUCUUGGAGCAUUACAUCAAUUCUCCCAAGAAGAGCCUUAGCGUCCCGUACAGGAAAUGGAAGCCGACGCUGCAGGAGCUGUGCAGGAAGCGCAUCAUGGAGCUGUGUGGGGGGGGGCAGGUGUCCGAGCUGCCACUCACACAUGUUGUCCAAGGCUUCCUCAUGGAAUUCCCUUACAAACUGUGACCAGAUUGCCUCUCAAAGUUUUGAUUGUAUUAUUAUUCAUUUCAAGAAGGACCUUUUUACUGAUGAACAGUAAUCCGGAGGAGUGUUUGGUAAAGACUGCUCAUAAUGCGAUGGACGUUAAGACUGCGUUGUCAUGGUCACACAUGAAAGUAUGUCCAUUACCUGGGCUUAAAAACUGCAAAAUGGUUCACAAGAGACAUCAUGACCACAGUCAAGUAAAGGCUGUCUAUAAUAGGACAGAGCUUGGCAUUUCAACACACAUUACCUCCAGAGACUCUUAUUGCACACGGAGAGAUCACAUUCUGUUCUCACGGAAGUAUAACAAGUUGGGAAAAGCGGCAUUAAGAAACAGACACAAUAGAGCUAUAAAUGAAGAAGUGGGGUCAAAUGUGAAUGUUCUAUUGCAAACUAUAGGGUCUGUUGUCGCCUGUUUGUGGCCACCAGUCGCACACAAAUAUCUAAAAGUGGAUUGUGGGUGGACAUUGAGAGCAUCAACACAAAAUACUUUUUGGAGGGUACGGUUAAAAGAUUCACAGGAAGAAGAAUUGACUUCUGUAGCAGACUUUAAUACUCUAAUGUUGUUGAAUGUUUACAUCACACAUGAAUGUUUGCCAGCACUUAGGGCUUGAAUACCAUUUGAUAUCUGAAAUAUUAUCGAGGAUGUCAGAUGGUAUUGGUGUCACGAGUUCUGGUGUGAAGUUGUACUGUAUUGCAGACGCACAUCACCUCUUAUUCAAACGUAUCUGCCAGACAGAUAAUCUUUUUAAUGUUUUUAUUAUAUUUUGAAUAAAACUUAUUUA